AUGGCUGUGGUGGAUCAGCCUUCGGGCUUGAUGGACAUUGCAAGCUCCCUGACCCAGGACGAAAUCCCGUUUAAGCUGCGAUGUGCUAUUUGCAAUAAGCUCGCCGUGAAUGCAUUUCGUCUUCCAUGCUGCGACCAAGCGACCUGCGAGAACUGCCAGAUAUCACUCCCCGAAACAUGUCCUGUUUGCGCGCACACUCCAAUCUCGCCCGACCUGUGCAAACCGAAUAAAGCCCUUCGCACUACCCUGAAAGCAUUCUUGCGGACGGAAGAGAAGAAGCGCGAGAAAGAGCGACAGGCAGCAGUCCCGGCUCCUACCCAUAAUGUUCCCGCUGUGGACCCUGUGUCCCAAGCGCCGCCGCAAGAAACUCAGCCAGCGUCGCUCCCAGUUUCCAAUGUCGCCGAAAUAAAUGCACCCGAUGGGAUAAGCGCACCGAAUUCCAGCGAUAUUCAGUCCGGAGAACCCGCUGAGAUCAUAUCGCCGGCAUUGGACAGACCGCCUGUUUUCAAUGGGGACGAAGAAAAGACCGGGGUUCCCACCCAGACCCGAACUGACUCUGGAAAGGAUAAGAAUUCUGAAGACGGCCCUUCCGACCCAGCGGAGAAUGCCAACUACGUGGAGCAAAAUGGCCCUGGCGAAGAGGACGACGCCGGUGACACCGAACCCGCUCGCCAGGGACUGGACCAAGAACCAGGCUCCGGUGCAGGCUUCCCUAACCAGAUGGGAUACAACAUGAACCCCGCAAUGUUUCCUGGUAUGGGCUGGAAUCCUAACAGCGGAGAUUUCAACCCAAUGGCUCAAUUCAUGGGCAAUGGAAUGAUGAACUUUCCGAACCCGAUGGGAAUGGGCAUGGACCCGAUGGCUGCGAAUCAGGGGAUGCUUGGAGGCUACGGGAUGAACAUGAGUGGCAUGAGUAAUGGCAUGAGCAUGGGGAUGAAUUUCAACGCUGGUCAAGGGAUGUACGGUGGAUGGGACGGCUCACAGAACAAUAUGUGGCAUGGCCAAGAUAAAUUCAAUCCAAGUGCUUUCGCAAAUGGUAUGGGCGCGCAAUAUGGCGGCCCCUCUGGAUAUGGCGGAUAUAAUAUGUCUCAACCCAGCGGAGUUCAUCCUCAAAUGCAGCAACAGCAGUUUCCUACCCAAGAGUUCCAGAAUGGCUAUUACGGUCCUGGUUUUGGCAGAGGCAAUUUUCGGGGUCGUGGCCGUGGAUUCGUUCCUGGCGGACGGGGGGGCCGUGGUGGCUUUGGGGGACACAUGCAAGCCAGCUACUCCUAUAACACUACUAACCAUCAAGGCCUCCAAAAUAAUAAUUCCCCUAACUUGAAUCAAGAGAUCCCGUCCCAAUUGCCAGAGGGUACGUCUUCCGGUGAGGCCGCCACCUCUGCAGAGGCCAAGCACCGUGAUGAAGGAACAACCUUGGUCGAUGCAACCGGUUCUAGCAAAGAUCCAGAGUUAACAGAGCCCCUUAAUAACAACACAGAAAGUGGUAGCGGGGAACCUAGACCGGCCUCUGAUGUGCCCCCAGAUCAAGCUGCGAAAGAAGAAGAAGAAGAAGAAAAAAAAGAAGAAGAGCAACAGCUGCAUGGUAUUCCCACGAUUGACAGUCUUGACCAUGCUAACCCUCCCCACGGAAUACCAGGCAGUGGCCCACUGAGCAUGCCGGGAUAUAUAGGGCCUAGUUUCGGUAGAGGAGGUUAUAUGCGAGGCCCGUUUACCGCCAGUCGUAGCGGUGGGUUUGGUGGGCAGCAGUUCAUGCCAGGGACUCACAUACAGCCCCGAGGACAGGGCGUCGAGGGCGCCCCAGCUGCCCCCAGAGCGAUGAGAGAAGGUCUCCCUAACACUAGUGUCCUACGUCACAGGCAGUUCCAGAAUUCGGGGCGUUCCUCUAUGCCCCCAACCAAGGCGUUCGAAGGCUCCCAGACUCCACAACCGGAAACGACCCAAGAAGACCGACCCCCCGGAUCACCAUCUAGGUCUAGAUCAAGAGCUAGGUCGAAGUCGAAAUCGAGAUCAGAAACCAGAUCCCAACCUCCAACACGAUCGCGUUCAGACAGCCGUCGUCCAUACCGUCAACGAUCCCCAGGCGCUGACGAUGCAAAUGAUUUAGAUCGCCAACGAGACCGUCCAAGACGGGCACCGGCCAGCGAAAAGGAACCACCCGCUGUAGAAGAUGACCACCGGUCUCGUUCCGCUUCUGUUGAAUCCCACAGAUCGUCACGGUAUCGAGAAAGGGACCGAGACAGGCGCAGUGGUCGCCGGUCGCAUCGGUCUCACCGUCAUCGCAGCCGGAGCCCCAGUCGGAAAGUAGAUACCAAUGUUGAUGACCGCCUUUCGUCUAUUCCAGAGGAGAGCAGCACGCGAUCCCGAAACAAGACGUUUGCGCCCUCGGAGAAUACCAGCCGCAGUUACCGAUCUGGUAAAGAUCGCUCUAGUCGCCGGGAAGAAGAUCGGGGGCGGGACAAAGAUGGCCGCCGCCGUGAGCGUGAGCGUGAGCGGGACCGCGACCGCGACCGUGACCGUGACCGAGAUCGAUACCGAGAAAGGGAAAAAGAUCGGGACAAAGAACGAGAUCGCCACCGGGAACGCGAAAAAGACCGUGAUCGUGACCGGAAAAGAUCCCGUCGUGAUCGGUCUGAAUCCGCAGUUGAUAGCGAUUACUCCUCUCGACACCAUUCCAGGAAGGUCAAACGUCUCCGCGACGACGAUAUCCGCACUAGUGGCGGUGAUAGAGACCGUGCAAAGGAGAUGCGGGAAAAAACACCCGCGUCCUCCAAAGCCCUCGAACCGGAAAAGGAUCCCCACACGUUGGAGCGAGAGGCUCGUAACCGCGAGCGCAUGCUGAAGGAACAACAGCGCCGGGAAGCCAUGCAAGCGGACCGAGACAGCGGCAAAUCCAGCCGCCGGCGUGACAGUCGUCAGGAACGAGCCACGCAGGGUGGACGCCGCCUCAACUACAAAUAUGAUGACGAAACCAAUGCUAAGCGGGCAGCGCAGGUCGAAAAAGAACGAGAGGCCAAUCGCUGGGACUAG